AUGUUUUUAAAAUAUUUGCCACCUGUGUUAUUCUCAAUGUUUUUUGUUGGGAUGUGCUCAUUCUAUUAUAUUACAUACUUGUCAAUGCAAGGAGUGUACAUAUAGUUAAUAGUUGGAUGUGUUGUCCUUUUAAUGGUUAUGAGUGCAAUCUAAGUAAUUCGUUUUGGUCCUGGAUACGUUGAUCAAGAUAAGUUAGAAACAUAGUUAUUUAAUGAGUUACAAGAGGAGCUCAAGUUGUUGAUGAUGAGUGAAGAUAGACUGCUUGACUUUUUAGAUUAGAAUUAAUGCAAUCAACCAUUAUCAGAGGAAUAGUUGAUACAUAUGCUAAACAUUAAGGUCUUAGAAAGCAAGGGGAUAAAAAUAUGUAAGACUUGCUAAUCAUACAAACCAUUAAGAGCGCAUCACUGUAGCCAAUGCAAAUAAUGUGUAUUUAGGAUGGAUCAUCACUGUAUGUGGCUAAACAUUUGCAUAGGUAUGUAGAACUAUAAAUACUUUAUGAUGUUGAUAUUCUAUCUAAAUCUAUGUAUAAUACUAGUUUUGAUCACAUACUUCCAGACAUACAUAUUAGCAAUUGAAGAGAGCGAUUUUCAAUUAAUAGCUAAGUUCACAUAUUAUCACAGUAUUUUUACGCUGUUCAUGUUAUUCUUCCCCUUUUUCUUACAUCAUAUUGGCUGCCAAUAAUCAAACGACUAUUGA